AUGAUAAAGUUUAAGCUAAAGCAAGAAGGUCCUUUUAUUGACGAUGAAAAACUUAUUGAGGAAGUCAGUAAGCACAGCUUCCUGUAUGAUACUCGAAGCACUGAUUAUAGAAAUUUACCAUUAAGAUCAACAAUCUGGUCAAGCAUUGCAAAAAUACUGAAUGUUGAAGAUCAAAAUCUAGUUCAAAAGCGAUGGAAGGUAAUUAGGGAAAAGUUUUCUCUAGCAUAUCGGAAGCAGAUAUUGGAGGAAAUAAACUCACAUUGGAAUCUCUAUGAUUCAUUAACAUUUCUCGAGCCAUUCGUAAAUUUAAAGCAUGAAUCCAAAAAGUACAAAUCAGAAGAAUCUUUUGGAUCUGAUAAGUCAUGUAUAGUAACAAAAAGUCCACUGGAUGAGCAAGUAUUAAUUCAGUUGGUCAAGGAAAGACCCGUAUUAUUUGAUAAGAAGCACGAAGACUUUCGAGUUGGAAGUGCUAGAAAAAAAGCAUGGGAUGAGGUAUCAGCUAUAGUUAAUUGGGAUAUUGAUACACUACAAAAGAGAUGGCGUGUCAUGAGAGAUAGAUUUGUUCGAGAAUUACGAAGAUCCAAAAAUGCUGAUACUGAAACUCAACUAAAUUGUUCCUCAUUUUUUCGUGAAAUGCUGUUCCUUACACAUCACGUGCGUAGUAAAAAGUAUGAGGUAGAAGCUCAUUUUGAUGAUUCAGAAGAUUCGAGAGGAUAUGAGUACGAGCAAUGUGACACAAAACCAUUUAUAGCCCAAAAGGAACAAAAGUUUGAGGAUAAUACAAAUAUUGAAAUUGUGACUGAACAGAGCUUUGCUCAUUACAUUGAUGAUAACGAUGAUUUGGAAAGUUCGUUGAGAUACGAGGAAACAGUUUUAGAGGAGCAUGUCGAUGUACAUGACGACGAAUUUAUAGAGGAAAUUGUUGAAUGUUCACAAAACGAUCAAGAUGAACAUGAAUUAAUGGGACAGGAAGUCGAUAAUGUAGUUGCAAUGGAAGAAAUAUCAAAAAACCACUGGAUUAAGCGUGAUAGCUUACUUACAGAUAAUAAAGUAAUGAUCAAAAAGCGUCGAAUGUCAGAGGAUAUUCAAAAUCAGCCAUUAGUCAAAAGUGUUAGACUUACAGAGUCACAAUCUUCAAUGCGCAAUCCAAUGGAUGUUACAGACAACGAUGAAGACCUAACGUUUGGAAACACUUUGGGUUGUAUGCUGAAAAGAAUACCACAGCACCUUAAAACAGCAGUAAAACUCAAAUUGCUACAAAGUCUCGCCGAAUUUGAAGCUGAACAUAAGAUUUAG